AAGGCACUGUUGAUCUCUUGUAUGAUCUCAAAUGAUCUGCUGUUUGUAUUUAAAAAACCUUAAAAAGCCUUAAAUGUAGUUGAAAAAGUUUACUGUAAGUCACAUCACAAAGUGAAUUUGAAAUAGGGAUUAUUAUAAAGAUUAACUGGGAUAACUGUGUUGUUUUCUGCUGACCUGUCUCCUGACCCUCCCUUUCAUUUUCUGCUAAAAGCAGCGCUGAGAAACGAAAUGAAAACGAAAGUGUGAGUUGCGUGAGAGAGCAGAACUUCCUCCUUCUGCGCGAUAAACACAGUCAGUGCUGGACUUCAGGAGGGUGAACAUGGAGGAAUAUCCUUAUCCACUACUCGUGGAGGGAGAUUGGUCAGCUAUAAACGCUAAGACCCUCAACAGCAAAGUCAACAUUUAUUUCCAGAGCAAAAAGAAAUCUCGGGGAGGAGACUGCGCAGUCAGAUGGACCGAGGGGAGCUGCACAGUCUUCUUCAAAUCAGAAGAAAUCCGGGAUCAAGUUCUGGCUAAGGCUGAUCAUGAAAUACUCAUCGAGAAGCAGGUGGUGAAGCUAAAGGUGUCCAACCCGGAUUCAGGGAGUCACACAGAAAAAAAAUCACAAGAAUCAGCUAAAACAGGAAGUGAUGUGUCAGCUGGAACUCUACAACCAGCUGCGAGGACAGUCUGCAGUGUACAGGUGGAUAAUGUACCUGCUGAUGCCAUCACCAACAAGCAACAUCUGGAGCUGUACUUUGGGAAGUGGGGUGGAUCUAUAGAGAAAAUCAUCACAAAUCCAGAGGAGAAAACCAUUAUUAUUACAUUCUGCUCACAAGAUGCUGCAAAGAGAAUUUUGGAGAAGGCAGAUCACGUUUUAUCCGGUCAGCCAGUCACCGUGCGCCCAUACCUUGGGCUUGAUGUGAGUCAGACUGAAGCCAGUGAGCGUUUGGAAGAGUGGACUAGUGCUGUGGUCCUGGAGAAUGUGCCGGAAAACAUUACCCAAGAGCACCUCACGCUUUUAGUGGACAGUAUCGGCGGUCAUUCUGAAGAUGAAUAUUCCUUAGAGUUAAUUCCAGAAUCAAACACUGCUAUUGUGACCUUUAAUGACCCCAGGGCUGUAGAGAAGUUUCUUACAGAAUGCAAGACUAAACGAAAGUUCCAGGAUUAUGGUCUCAAGGCCCGGCGUCUGGAGAAAAGUAGAAGUGUUAAGGUGGAAAACCUGCCUGCUCAGUGCGCUGAGGAAUUUCUAGAACUUUACUUUGAAAAGCAUGUAGGAGCAGUGGAAAGAAUCAAGGCAAUAGCAGAUGAGCAAGCCGCUAUUGUCACUUUUCAUGAUCAGCAGGCUGUCCAGAAACUCCUGGGAAAAGAACACUUUAUUCGCAACACCCCGAUUGAUAUAUACCCAUAUUACCCUUCUUUGGGUUCCGCCUUGUAUGGCAAAGACAGACCAACAUGGACACUGCCAAAACCAUUUACAUAUAAGAUCCAUCCUGCUAUCAAAGUAUUCCUCCAGAAGAAGGGACAAAUCUCCUCCAUCUGUAAAGAGAUGAGCUCACACUUCUGCCAAGUGAACAUGGACAAAGAUGAAGUACUGUUCAGUCCUGUUCCUGCUUUGCUGAGACAAAAGUGUAUAACCAAAAAGCACAUAGACAGCUGGAAGCAAGACACCAUAGAUGGUUUCCAAAACAUCCUCUCAAGCUUUGCUGUUUUUGAGUAUGCGGUGAUCCCUGCAGUAUGGACUGCAGUAGAGAAAGACAUCCGGUCAGUUGUAAAAGAUAAAGCUGUCCUGGAGGUGGAUUUGUCAACAGGAUGGCUGAGUCUGGCAGGAAUGGCUAAAGAUAUUAACUUAUUGAAACCGAUAUUGGAGAACUUUUUAAAGGAAGCAUCAAGUCAGAUGGAAAGGGACAUGAAAAAGACCUCUGAGGGCAUUAUGAUGUCCCAUGCCAUAUUCUUCUUACUUCAGCAGGUGGGACUGCAACACAGCGCUUCAGCCAAAUACCCACAGCUGGAAAUGACAUACAAAAAAGACACCAAUCAGUUAAGGUUAACUGGGCUUCCUUUGGAAGUUAUUGACAUCAAGAAUUUGAUCUUGGAGACACAAUUGAGCUUGAAAGAGAAGAUCCUGAAAAUGGACCCUUCAUUACUGGAGUUCUUGAGAUCAGUGGACUCUGAGGAAAUGUCAGGAGAUCUUUUCACAUCCAAGGGAAUUAGUGCGGUCUACAGAUUUGAAAAUGGGAACAUUGUUUUGACUGCAAAUACAGACAAAGUGCUGACUGAGGCUGAGAAGAGGCUUGAAAUGAUGCUGACUUUACAGAGCCUUUCUGUAGAAGACCUAGAUGUGCUUGAAAAGCCAGAAUGGCAAGAUCUCACUAAUCAGCUAUAUGACACAUACAACUUAUCCAGGAAAAAAACUGUGCUCAUAAAAUCCUCAAAGAACAGGGACACAGUUGUAGUCUGUGGCUUUCAGGAACCGGUUAAAGAGGUUAGUAAGAGCUUGGAGCAAUUUAUUGAUACACACUCAAGGAUAGAAGAGACCAUUCGUGUCAAGUCUUAUGCUGUGGUGAAAUUCAUCAGAGAGAAGAUGCCCCAGGUUUGGCAGAAAUUUCUAAAGGGUGAUGAACUGAAAAUAGAUUUUGACUCAAAAAGGCCAUUGAUUCGAGUGUCCGGAGAGCGUAUUCAUGUUCAGCCUGCGCUAAAUUCUUUUCAGAAAAUCGCAAGAAAUCUCCUCACUGACAGGUUUACAAUUAAAAAGGCAGGAGCCAAAAAGUAUUUCCAGGAACAGGGUAGCAUGGUCUUGAUGAUGAUAAAGCAACAAAGAUUUGUGGUUGUGCUUGAGGAUGCUUCUUUGGAAGAAGAGGAUGAGGAGAGUUACAGUGAGGAGAGUUAUGAUGAAGGUAGAGUGGAAGAUUUUGGACAGCUUUCCUGUGAGGUUCAGACUCUUGGUGGGAUUGUCAUCAAAGUUAUAAAGGCUGAUAUCUGCAAAUUUAAAGUAGAUGCUGUGGUCAAUGCUGCCAACGAGGACUUGCAGCACAUUGGUGGUUUAGCUUUAGCACUUCUGAAUGCUGCAGGUCCAUCUUUACAAAAAAGCAGUGAUCAAUAUGUAGCUAAACAUGGGAAACUUCUACCUGGGAAUGCUAUUAUUACAGAAGCAGGCCUCCUGCCAUGCAAAUAUGUAGUGCAUGCUGUAGGACCCCGAUAUUACAAUACUGACAAGUUUACGGCUGUGAAGAAACUGAGACAAGCUGUGAGGGAAAGUCUGAACCAAGCUGUGUUUAAGAGGUGCUCCUCCAUUGCAGUCCCUGCCAUCAGCUCUGGGAUAUUCGGCUUUCCCCUUGACCUCUGCACUGAGACGAUCGCUGAGGAACUGCAUGCGUACACUGAAGACCAAAACCGCCAAGGUGGCAUGAACACACUGAAAGAGAUCCACUUGGUGGACAAUAAUCCCAAGACUGUCAAUGCCAUGGCUCAGGCUGUUAAAAAGGAGUUUGCAGAAUUCAACCCCAGAAUGACAUUCCCAAAGCAAAUGGGCCGUGGCCGUGGUCAUCAUGGUCAUAAUUAUCGCGGUCGUGGUAACCGAGGUCAGGGAUAUCGUGGACAAGGUGCUGGUAGACAUCGAGGCAUUGGGGCAAGGGGUAAUGAUUCACAAGUGUACAGGGCAAAAGAUCCUGAGGAUUUUGAGCCUCAAAGACUGCCAGACUCAAACCCACAUUUUAGAACCCAAUUUGAGGACAUGGACAGGUCAGGGUCAGGGUCAGAGUUUCUUGAAGCUCAAUCCACAAAAGAAGGACUGAAAAUCUUGCUAAGGAAAGGGAAUAUCCAGGAUGCACGUUCUGAUGUAAUUGUCAACACCAUCUCAGAAGACCUGGAUCUCAGUAAAGGUGCCGUGUCCAAAGCACUACUCAGUGCUGCUGGUCCUCAACUCCAGGCUGAAGCUUAUUCUCUGAAUACACUUGGCAAUUCCAGUCUUAAUUAUGGAGACAUAGUGGCCACUAAUGGCUAUAACUUAAAUUGUAAAAGGGUCUUCCAUACUGUUUGUCCAUUUUGGAAUGGAGGGGGUAGAUCAGAAGAUGAGAUUCUCAAAAGCAUCAUUCAAAACUGCCUGAAAAGAGCUGAGAACCAGAAAAUGGCUUCAAUUUCUUUUCCAGCCAUCGGCACAGGGAAUCUAAGCUUUCCCAGAGAUCUUGUCUCCAGAAUUUUGCUAAGUGAGAUUCAUGCCUUUUGUGUCAGAGUUUCUCCUCAGUACCUUAAAGAGGUGACUGUGAUUGUGCAUCCAUCAGACAGAGAGACUGUCCAGUGCUUUGUAAAAAGCUUCAGAGGUGAAUGGCAGGGUACCACCAUGAAAGGAGCACAUGCUUUUCAGCAAUCACCAGCUAAAAAACCACCUCCAGUUAGAUCACCCCAGUCUGCUGCAGGUUUCUUUGGAGCGGUUUCUACUCCUAGCCUUGGAGUGCACAAAAUGCGGAUAGGGCCUCUGACCCUGGAGGUGUCAUCAGGUGACCUCACGAAAGAGAGAUGUGAUGCAAUCAUUAAUUCCUCCAAUCAGUCAUUCUCUCUGAAAUCAGGAGUUUCCAAGGCCAUUUUAGACGCUGCUGGGUUAGCAGUGGAAAGGGAAUGUGCACAGCGUGUGGCAUCACAAUCUCCUCAAGCAGAGACAAUCGUGACUUCAGGAGGACAACUGCCAUGCAGCAACAUUAUUCACAUUAUAGGUCGAAACAAUCCUGCACAUAUCAAGGAUGCUGUUUACUCUGUAUUAAAGCUCUGCGAAGUCCACAAGUUCUCCUCUGUUGCCUUUCCAGCACUUGGCACAGGUCAAGGUGGGGUCCAUCCUGCUAGAGUUGCAGAUGCCAUGAUUGAAGCCGUGAUUGACUUUGUGAAGAAGAAGAAAAGUAUGAAUUUGCAAAGUGUAAAGUUCUUGAUAUUCCAGACGUCCAUGGUGUCUGAUUUCCAUCAGAGCAUGCUGAAGAGGCAGCAAGAAAGUGUGGACGAGGGUGGUGUAAUGAGCUGGAUAAAAGAUAAAUUUGAUGCCGUGACCAACUUCUUCACUGGUACUGGCUAUGUAGAAGCAUCUGCAAAUGAAGAAUUCACUUUGGUGGGCGAGGAGUUCGAGCCUGUUGUGUUUCAGCUGUGUGGAGAGCGUGAGGAAGACCUGAGCGAGGCGAAAAACCUGAUCACCAGCUUCAUUGUGAGGGAGCACAUAAGCUCAAAAAUCGAGGACUCGGCCAUCAGCUGUUUCAGCCAGGAGGAGGCUGACGUGCUGAGCAAACUGCAGAGGGAGCUCACAGUCAGCAUCCACCUCUCAAAGAGUGGCCCUGAGCCGGCGUUCACCGUGGAGGGCCUGACACGAGACGUAGUAAAGGCUGAGAACCAAAUCCGUGACAUGAUACGUAAAGUGGAGAAGAACCAGACACGCCAACGUGAGGCCUUUGCGCUCAGCAGCCAAGUAGAGUGGCAGUAUCAGGACCGCAGUAACAAAUUUGUUCCUUUUGAUAUUUUGACUAAUUAUGACCUGGAGCAGGCUUAUAGAUUAAAACAGUCUCGUUUAAUGAUCAACAUUAAUAAUGAGCCGUAUGAGGCCAAUAUAGCCUAUGCGAUGGCUAUGGGAAAAUAUGGACAGAUUGAAUUGAAGAGGACUGAUCUGAAACAGCAAACCUCUGUCUCUCUGCCCAGUCACUGGAAGGACAUGAAGGGAAAGUUCGUUUUGCGGGUUGAAAUUCAACAAGGCAGUCAGGAAUAUGUUGAUGUGGAGACGAAGUUCAGGAAAACAGGACUGACAUCAAAUAUCCUCAAAAUUGAAAGAGUUCAGAAUGAGACUCUUUGGAAGAACUACAUGAACCAGAAGGCGUACCUGGAAAGAAAGAACAAGCACACAAACAAUGAAAAGUUGCUUUUCCAUGGCACUGGCCCUGAUAAUAUUGAUAAGAUCAACGAUCGAGGUUUCAAUCGCAGCUAUGCUGGGAUGCAUGGGACCAUGUAUGGGAAUGGUGUGUAUUUUGCGGUUGACCCAAGCUACUCUGCCCAAGGCUACGCCAAGCCUGAUCAGCAAGGUCACAAGCGCAUGUAUUUGGCUCGAGUGUUGGUUGGUGACUUCACCACGGGGAAAUCUGGACUUCUUGCUCCUCCAGCCAAAAACUCCACCAGCAUGGAGCUGUAUGACAGCGUCACUGAUAACCAACAAUCUAUGUUUGUGAUAUUUCAUGAUGUUCAGGCCUAUCCUGAAUACCUAAUCACUUUCCAGUAGAAGCUAGGUUUACACUGAUGUUAUCUCAUUUCUUUAUGACCUGUUCGUUUCCUGCAGUUUUUCCACUGUGGGACUCAAAAAAGUUGCCAUAUAGAAAAUAUACAAAAUACCUAUAAUGUAGGAUUUGGAAAAUGAAGCUCUUGAUUCUGUUGAAUACUUUGCAUUUUUUUAAAAAUAUGGAACACUUCUGUAAUAUAAUGUGAUCACAUAUUUACAAUUUUCUUAAUGUGGAAGCAUAAUAAAGAAUGUCUGCUGCUUUAAUGUUCAUUAUGCUGCUUAGUUACACUUUAUCGAUGACUAUUUACAAAUAUAAGUAGAUGCUUAAGUAAGGGAGCAGAUAGAGCCAGACAGUAAGAGGUUGAGGUUCUGUCACUGAGUGGUCACGUUGAUUAUGUGUGAAAUUGUUUGUUAAAAAUGGUGUGACUGUUGGGAUCAGUCCAUUUUACAGAAUAUAUCUAGACACGUCUUAACACCUACUUUCUCUAUAUAAGACCAGCAAGACCCAAAUAAACACUUACAACACAA